CUCUCCUUCACUGUCAGAGUUGGAGAUGAAGUCACUUUGCCUUGUGAAAAUGUGACAGACAGUCAGAAAAGAUGUGAAUAUACUACAUGGUUCUUUGUUGGUUCAGGAAACAAACCAGCAGUAGAGCUGGUUACACUUGGGCAGAUUGGUGAAAACACCAAAGCUAAAUCAGACAGACUGAGUGUUACAGAGAACUGUUCUCUGGUUAUAAAGAAGGUCACAGACGAGGAUGAUGGUUAUUAUCACUGUCAACAGUACAAAUCAAGACAACAACAAGCUCCAGACUCUCAUGUUCAUCUGUCUGUUAUUAUCAUGACUGAACAUCAGGACGCUGAUAAGGUGACGUUAACCUGCUCUGUGUUGAAACAUGGAUGGUGUAGACACACGGUGAAGUUUCUGUAUGAGGGUAAAGAUGUGGACAAAGAUAACAAAGACAUGAAGACAUCACAGUCUGGCUGCUCGGUCACUGUGUCUUUCCUGGAUUCUCAUUUUAGUAACAAAUCAAAGUCUAACUUGAAGUGUGAAGUGACAGAUGGUUACUCUGGAAAAGUGCAGCUGUUCACCUUCAGCCCUCAGUCCUCAGGUGAGAAAACAGAUGAGGAUGCGACAACACCAUCACCACCACCACACGCAG